AUGGAGAGCAAUAAAAAAGAAGCACUGUUGAAAAGACAACGUGAAGCCUAUCAAAAAACAAAAUCAUCGACAGAGAAAGUCAACAAUACACGUGCUAAUGAUAGGGAACGGUAUGCUCACAUGGAUAACAACAAGAAAGAUGCACUGCUAGAAAGUAAGCGUGAAGCCUAUCAGCAGACAAAAUCUUCGACAGAGAAAAUGGAAAGUAAACGUGCUAAUGAUAGGGAGCGGUAUGCCAGUGAUGGAGAUGGUGUCAUAUUGGAGGACGACUCGGAAGACGAGGAAGGCUACAUGUUCGCUGGGAUGGAGGAGGACAACGACGAGGAUGUUGAAAUGGAGGAUGUUGACGAUGACGACGACACUACUUCCAUUUCAAACGUUCCAGAUCCCUACGAUAUGGUUUAUAGCAAACUCCCAACCAACACACACAAGCUGAAGUCGGUGGAGGACUGCAAACACUGCUAUGCAAAGAAGUUCGAGCGUGAGUCCAUGGGUUUUUGCUGCCGGAAGGGGAAGAUCAAACUGGCCAACCCAAAUACGCCACUCGAGCUCAUGAGGCUAUGGACAAGUGCAGACUCUGAUUCCAGGCAUUUUCGUGACAAUAUCAGGUUUUUCAACGGCCACUUCUCAUUCACCUCACUAUAUUGUCACCUUGAUAGUGAUACCACCAACAUAUCAAAGCACCCUAUCUAUACAUUUCGUGCCCAUGGCCAAAUGUACCACAACAUACGGUCAUUCGGCAAACAAGAUGGUUUGGAUCGUAGUCACUUGGAGCUCUACUUCUAUGAUGAUGACCCCAGUUUAGAACACAGGUAUCGCAGUUGCCGUAAAGAGCAGUGCCAGAAAGACAAAGAAGUAAUCACACAAUUGGUCAACAUACUUCAUGGCAACCCAUACUCUGAACACCUCCGGAGUAUGGGCCAUGUUGAUGAUGUUGAUGACUAUCACAUAACACUUAACCUUGACCAACGGAUGGAUCAAAGAAUAUAUAACACGCCGACCACUUCAGAGGUAGCUGCUGUGUGGGUGGAGGGUAGUGAACGUCGAAGACAAUUCGAAAAUAGCGUCAUCCUGCAAGGUAAGAAUAGAGAUAUAUAUGGCAUCAAGUCCUACCAUGGAUGCUAUGAUGCGUUGUCGUACCCUCUUUUCUUCCCUAGAGGUGAACUUGGGUGGCAUACUGAUAUCCCGAAGGAAGGUGUGCCCUAUGAAACUAUGAUGGCAGCUCGUGCAGCUCGUCUAGCUCGUGGCCACAACAAUAGGUCCUCCAAUCCCUCAAUCAGUGACAACGCCGAUGACGAUGAAGCUUCUGGAGGCAGGCUAUGUGUAUCUGUGAGGGACUACUACUGCUACAAAUUCCAGAUGCGUCCAGGGAUAUUCAACCCGAUCCUCUUUGGCAAGCGUCUUUUUCAGCAGUUCGCGGUCGACACAUACAUCAAGAUUGAGAACUCCCGGUUGGACUAUAUAUGGGGUCAUCAAGAUAAAAUAAGGGCGGACCUGUACCAAGGCUUGGUGGAUAGCUUACAUGCUGGUGAGGGUAGGGCAGAUUCUGUUGAAAAACGCACAGUUCUAGCUACGUCAUUCAUCGGUGGUCCACGAGACAUGAGGCGUCGCUACAUGGAUGCUAUGGCCUUAGUUAGGAGGUAUGGAAAGCCAGACAUCUUCCUCACAAUGACAUGCAACCCAAACUGGGAUGAGAUUAGGCAGGAGCUCUACCCUGGCCAGACACCUCAAGAUCGUCCAGAUCUCGUCGUUCGUGUUUUCAGGGCUAAGUUGGAAGAACUCAAAAAUAAGCUACUUAAAAAGGAUAUCUUGGGCAAGGUGAGGGCUUAUGUGUAUGUGGUGGAGUUCCAAAAGAGGGGCCUGCCUCAUGCGCACUUCCUGCUCAUCAUGGAGGGCCGAUACAAGCUCACAUGCCCCGAGCAGUAUGAUCGCCUUAUCUCAGCCGAACUCCCCAACAAGAAGAAGUACCCAGAACUGUACAAGUUGGUCGUGAAACAUAUGAUGCAUGGACCUUGUGGUGCUUUGAAUCCUGAAUGCCCUUGCACAAAGGGUCGUCCUUCUUGCAAGAAUCACUAUCCGCGGCCUUUCAACGCGGCUACCUUACAAGGCAAGGAUUCCUACCCGCUAUACAGACGACGUGAAGACGGAUGUAAAGCAAUGGUUCGAAAGGAAUGGCUAGAUAAUAGGUGGGUCGUCCCAUACAACCCACACCUCUUGCGCUACUUCAACUGUCACAUCAAUGUUGAGGCAUGCGGCAGCAUAAAAGCCGUUAAAUACUUGUUCAAAUACAUAUACAAGGGCCAUGAUCGAGCAUCUAUUGCUGUAAGUGAGGCUGACAAAAAUGGAGACAUAGAUGAGAUCAAACAGUAUAGAGACGCUAGGUGGGUGACUCCUCCAGAAGCAUUGUGGAGGAUAUAUGGAUUUGAAUUGAGUAAGAACUCGCCACCCGUGAAGCAGCUACAACUCCAUUUGCCAAACAUGCACAUGGUGUCAUUCCAAGCGGCCCAAAAUAUUGAACGAGUAGUUAACCGUGAAGGUGUUGAGAAGUCAAUGCUUACGGAGUAUUUUGAGGCAAACAGGUUACAUGAGGAUGCUCGUUCUAUCUUGUACAGGGACUUCCCCGAGUGGUACACCUGGCAGACAAGUCGGAAUAAUAAAUAUUGGAGAAAAAGGGUACGAGAUACAGGUGGACAAAUUGGAAGAAUUGUGUCCGCUCAUCCUGCCGAGGGGGAACGCUAUUACUUGCGGGUCCUCCUAAACCAUGUCACUCACGCCACCUCUUAUGAGGACCUAAGGACAGUUAAUGGUGAGAUCCUACCAACCUUUCAUGAAGCUGCCGAGAGAAGGGGAUUGAUCGAAGGAGACAACACACUGGAUGAGUCCCUCACUGAAUCCACAUUAUAUGAGAUGCCAUCAUCUCUACGGAGGCUCUUUGCAACAAUACUGGUUUUUUGUGAGCCAAGCGAUGUGCGCGGACUCUGGGAGAAGCACCUGGAUGCAAUGUCAGAGGACUAUCGUCGUAGCAAUCCAUCCAAAGUUGCAGUUGAGCAAUUGGUUCUAAUAGAUAUCAGGAAUAUGCUACAAUCAAUGGGCAAGGAGAUAGAGUCAUUCCCUCUUCCCGAUAUCCAGGAAGAAUAUGACACUUCCAUCGGUGUGACAAGGGAGAUCUUCGAGGAAUCCACCAUAGAGCUCAAUGUUGAGGACACAUAUCUAUCAGAUUCACUUAAUUCAGAUCAGAGGGCCGCAUACGAUGAAAUUAUGUCUGCUAUUGAUCGUGAUGAGGGUGGUGUCUUCUUUGUGGAUGGGCCUGGAGGCACCGGAAAGACUUUUUUGUACAGAGCACUACUCGCAGUGGUACGUGGGCAGAAAAAAAUUGCUAUAGCGACAGCUACGUCCGGUGUUGCUGCUUCCAUAAUGCCAGGAGGGAGAACAACUCAUUCACGGUUCAAGAUACCGUUAGGCAUUGAUGAUGGUGGGUUUUGUAGCUUUACAAAACAGAGCGGGACUGCAAAGCUCCUACAGUCAGCUUCUCUCAUUAUUUGGGAUGAGGCUUCCAUGACAAAGAGGCAGGCAGUGGAGGCGUUGGACAACAGUAUGCGCGACGUGAUGAGCCGACCAGACCUGCCGUUCGGAGGAAAGACAGUUGUGUUCGGUGGAGAUUUCAGACAGGUCCUCCCUGUUGUCCGUAAGGGGUCUAGGGCUCAGAUAAUUAAUUCAUCGCUGCGUAGGUCUUACCUUUGGGAUUCCAUGCGUCACCUUAAGUUGGUACGCAAUAUGAGGGCACAUAGUGACCCAUGGUUUGCAGAAUAUCUAUUGCACAUUGGUGAUGGUAAGGAGGAGACAAAUCGAGAUGGCGAGGUCGCCUUCCAGACGAGAUAUGUGUGUCAAGAACUGGGAAGGACACUGACCUUGAUACACUGA